AUGAUAACUGAUAACUAUGAUAGCAAUGCUGAACUAGACUACAUGAAGACCAAAUUAUGCCCAGCCUCCAUAAACUCAGGCAAAGAACAAGGUGGGGCUGCCAGCCCCUGGCGCGGACAACGGAGCUCCGCCCGCUGGGUCGCCGUGUCACCCGGGGCGCGUCCUCGGCCGCCUUUCCGCUCCCUCCCGGGGCUCUUCCUGCCACGCGCUGGCCACGCCCCUCGCAACAUUCUGCUGGUCUUGGCGGCGCGGCUGUGUGCACGGCACCUCCCUCUGGCGUGGUUCUGCAGGCGAGCCUCGCAGGGCCAAGGCCGGCACUACCGCGCCGCACUCUGUGCCGAGUUGAAGCAUCCCCUGAUCAUUGAAGAGGUGGCUUCCCGCCCUGUCGGGCCACACGAGGUCAGAGUUGAUGUUCAUUUCUGUGGUGUUAACUUUGCUGAUAUUCUGGUCUGUCGUGGUCAGUAUCAGGAAAAACCUACUCUUCCCUUUAUACCUGGAAUGGAGUUUUCUGGGACUGUCCUGGAGACAGGAACAGAUGUCAGCACUGUGAAAAAGGGAGAUCGAGUUAUUGGAGUGAGUAACUUGAAUGCUAUGGCUGAAGAGUGCAUCACUGACCAGAAGACCCUGUGGCGCAUUCCAGAAAACGUCUCUCUACAAGAUGCUGCAGUCCUACCUGUAUCUUAUGGCACAGCUAUUUUGGCUGUGGAGCAUCGGGCCCGCACCCAGCCUGGAGAAACUGUUCUAGUGACAGCCGCCGCUGGAGCCACAGGCCUUGCCGUGAUAGAUGUGGCGACAAAUGUUCUCCAGGCCAAGGUCAUAGCUGCAGCUGGAAGCGACGAGAAGUGCAAGCUGGCAGUGCAGAGGGGUGCCCAGUCCAGCGUGAACUACAGCCAGGGCAGCCUCAAGGAAGCAGUGAAGAAGCUGGUGGGCAGCAGUGGGGUGAAUGUGGCCAUUGACAUGGUGGGAGGAGACGUCUUCUUGGAGUCUGUCCGAAGCCUGGCUUGGGAAGGCAGGAUUGUGGUGUUGGGAUUCGCUGGAGGAAAUAUCGCAUCUCUGCCCAGCAACUUGUUGCUCCUGAAGAACAUCUCUGCCAUGGGCCUGUACUGGGGUCGCUACCAACAUCAGGACUUUGCAUUGUUUUCCAAGAGCUUGUCCUCAGCUCUGCAGUACUGCCAGCAAGGGCUCAUCCACCCACACACUGGUGCUGUGUUCAAACUGGAGAAGAUCAAUGACGCCUUCCUCCAUGUGAUUCAGCGCAAAUCCACGGGCAAGGUGCUCCUCUCCCUUAAGUAAAUCCUCACCUGGGCAGCAGACUCCUGGAUCUGGUCUCCCUCCUGUCUUCCUUACUGACCCAGGUGCCGCAUCGCAUCUUGGUGUCAGUUCCUUGGUUCUGCUUUCUUGCUGCUCAUAAUCAGUGUGAUGGAAAGAUUCUUGCCCCACCUCUGCUCUUUCUGAGAAGGUACAGUUAGGAGAAAUGUCUUAGGCAAGCCAGGAUGUGCGUUCAUUGACUUCAGAGUGUUUCAACUGCCAAGACUGUUGUCCUCGACCCCAGAGCCGUCCCCAUGCCUCCACACCUCCUCUUCUUCUUCUUUUUUUUUUUUUUUAACGAGACAGGGUUUCUCUGUAUUGUUUCGGAGGCUAUCGGUCCAGCCCGGCCUAGAACUCACAGAGAUCCGCCUGCCUCUGCCUCCCGAGUGCUGGGAUUAAAGGCGUGCGCCACCACCGCCCGGCCACACCUCCUCUUCUAUCCUGAUUAUUUCUCGCCUGUUAUUCCCAGUGGUCUUCUAACUGGCUUUUCCUUUGGCUGAACUCUCCCAUUCCCUUCAUCCACUUACACAUCGUUGCCAUGGUGUCUCCUCGAAUCAGCUCCGAUUAUGUCUUGUCUUAGUGUCUCAGCUUUUUCUGCACUGCAGAGCUCAGACCCUUCUUGCUCUUUCUAGCACUUCCUACAAUCCCCCAGUCACUAAGCAUUCCUCUGCCGAUCUCCCCUCCCUGUGCUCUCUGUUCCUGUGGCUUUCUUUUUAUUUUAUUUUAUUUUCCAGUUUAAAUUUAGAUAAGAAACAAGGUUGCUUCACAAGUCAGUUCCAGGUCCCUCUCCCUUUCCCUCCCCUCCUCCUGUGCCCU